CAUUGGUCAUAUUCAGACGGCCUACACGUCCUCGUGGGCCACGUCUUUUUCCCAUCUCCCGUGGGAGAUAGACGGUCUCUCUCCACUCCCGAUGGGUUCACUGUGACCUAUGACCUCUACCAGCCACAGCACCCCUCCACCUCCUCUCUCUUCUUCCUCCUCUGUCCCGAACAUUGUCGCAGUAGCUGCUGGGUUUGUGGAUGGACUAAAGUGUGGUGCCAGUACCAAGAGUGCAGUCAUAAGAAUAGGACUCCAGGAGAUGUGGAGAUUCAUCUCUUCCUACUAUAAGGAUUGUCAGUACACCACCCUGCUGGAGAGCUGUGACAUCACUGAUCUCAUGGCCACGUGUACAGCUGGUCGCAAUAGGAGGGUGUCUGAGGCUUUUGUCACUACUGGCAAGCCAAUAGAAGAGCUGGAAGCGGAGAUGUUACAAGGCCAGAAGCUGCAGGGCCCACUGACAGCUAAAGAGGUCCAUGAGGUGCUAGUCAACGAUGGCAAGGUUGAAGAGUUUCCACUGAUGGCUGCAGUACAUAUGAUAUGUACUGGCAGACAGAGCCCCAAGGACCUGAUCACAACGUUAGCCUCACUCUGACUAUACACUUCAACCCUCUAGUCUAUAUCAGUAGCAGAGUGUUGCAUAUGUACAGGGAUCUCCCUAUCACAGCAAUAUUAUGGUAUAUAGAACCUCAUAUUAUUAUUAUUAUAGCUCACCAUUUCUAUAUAGCACUUGUCAAUAUUUUAUUAAUACUUC